CUGGAUUGGCCCUGACGGCGACCCGUUGCCGGCCGUGGUGGGUGCUGGGAGAAAGAAAAUAUGGCGGCCGGGCCCAGUAAGACGGAGAUUCAGACCCUUUUCAAGCGGCUCCGCUCUGCGCCGGCGAACAAGUCCUGCUUUGACUGCGGUGCAAAGAACCCGAGCUGGGCCAGUGUCACCUAUGGAGUUUUUCUUUGUAUUGACUGCUCUGGAGUCCACCGGUCGCUGGGUGUGCAUCUCAGCUUCAUCCGAUCUACAGAACUUGAUUCCAACUGGAGCUGGUUUCAGCUGAGAUGCAUGCAAGUGGGUAGCAAUGCCAACGCGAUUGCGUUUUUCCGCCAGCAUGGUUGCAUCACCACAGAUGCCAGUGCCAAAUACAAUAGCCGUGCAGCCCAGAUUUACCGAGAGAAGAUCCGGCAGCUGGCAAGUGCUGCUAUGGCCAAGUAUGGGAAUGAUCUCCUCAUUGAUGGGCUGAGUGGAACUCCAGGCCACUCUCCAGAAAAGAGUGAUGCUGACUUCUUCCUGGAACACACGCAGUCUUGUAAUACCUGGGACAUGGCUGAGACGGGUCGGAGCACAGCAGAGCCUUCACUAGAGCUGGACAGAGCAGCAAAGCCAUCUGAAAACAGUGAGGUUCCACAACCUGACCAGGGUCCUUCUAUUGACUUGCUGAGCACAUCUCCCAAAGGGCCUCUUGACGCAUCCAUGUGUCUGUCUCCACAAGCGGCUGUUCCUGCCAGAGAAAUUAAACCAUCUCUCAUUGGAAAGAAGAAGCCAGGUGCUACCAAGAAAGGGCUGGGAGCCAAAAAGGGUCUUGGAGCUCAAAAAGUGAGCAGCCAGAGUUUCACUGAGAUUGAACGGCAGGCCCAGGUGGCUGAGAAGCUGAGGGAGCAGCAGGCUGCGGAGUACAGAAAGCAAGCGGAGGAGUCCAUAGUGGCCUCGAUGAGACUGGCCUACCAAGAACUACAGAUUGAUCGGAAGAAGGAGGAGAAGAAACUUCAGAAUCUGGAAGGCAAGAAGCGUGAACAGGCGGAGAGACUGGGCAUGGGCCUGGUGUCCAGAAGUUCCAUCUCACACUCUGUCCUCUCUGAGAUGCAAGUGAUAGAACAGGAAACGCCAGUGACGGCAAAGUCCUCUCGGUCCCAGUUGGAUCUGUUUGAAGAUACUGGAAGUUUCACAUCUGGACCACCCAAGUACAAAGAUAAUCCCUUCUCAUUAGGAGAUGCUUUUGGCUCACCGUGGGAAACUGACAACUCCUCCUGGGGGAUCGACAAAGGAGAAGAGGAGACAGAUAUCACUGUCUCCAGUAUCCGGCCCAUUGGUGACAGACCUACCAACAGAAGAGAGACAGAGAGCAAGAUAUCAGUAGUGGAGUCCAAUGAAGCUCGACAGAAGUUUGCAGGAGCUAAAGCCAUCUCAUCCGACAUGUUCUUUGGCCGGGAAGUCGAUGCUGAGUAUGAGGCCAGAUCCCGACUCCAGCAACUCUCAGGCAGCAAUGCCAUCAGUUCUGCUGACCUUUUUGGAGAGUCUGAGACAGUGAACUCGGGUGGUGUAUCGAUUGGAAACGUACUGCCUGCUGCUGAUAUUGCCCAGUUCAAGCAAGGGGUGAAGUCUGUUGCUGGCAAGAUGGCUGUUCUGGCUAAUGGUGUGAUGAACUCCCUCCAGGAUCGCUAUGGCUCAUAUUGAUGAUUUAGCGGAGUCUGCACCUUGUGGCCAUCAGUGAAACACCCCUUACACUUGAAUCCACCUGGAAAACCUCUGCAGGAUUACUUUUCAGCUGAGCAUGGCUGGGGGCUGCUUGAGAAGAGAAGGAGAAAUGGACAUGCCUGGCACUGGCUCAAAACCUCUCUGGACAUUGUUUUGUAUUAGAAACAAGUAUUUCUUUGAAACCCAGCUAAUGGAGCAUGGGCCCUUCCAGAGAACAUCCCUCUGCUGCUAUGCACUGAGACAGAGUUGCAGAUUGGCCAUUAUGGUGCUGCUCUUUAUGCUUUUAUCCCACUCCCUGACUGCUGUUGGUGGAACGAAUAUUGUGGAGGCAGAAAGUCGCGUUCAAUGCUCUUCACACUUCCUUCAUCCAGGGGAAAAUGCAGUGAGUGAUGCAGUGGUGGGGAGUCCCUACUGCCUAGUCUGUCUUCUGGAGCAGAGGGAAGUCCCCACUUCUGCACAAUGUCAUUUUUACUGCCUCUUUGAACUAAUGUGGUAUAAGUAGAUCCUUUGAGGGCAGUGGCUUAAAAGCCUAAAUCCAUAGCAAGCAAAGGGCCAAGGCAUGCUUGAACUUGGGAAAGGUGCUUGCAGUAUUCCGCAGGUGUGGAUGGCUGGAAAAAUGACAUUUGUCCUCCCACUCCCCUCUCUGGCCACCGUGGAUUGAUGCAGUAGAUGGGAAGAGUGUUUCUUCAGUGGUUGGGGGUGGGGGGUUGAAAAGAUUAUCAGGCCUGCGGUUUCAUAUAAUGUGCUGCCUUGCUUCAUUGGUACUCUCCGAUUUCUUUUCGGACCUCUAAGGAAACUAGGGAUGAAACAAGCAAGAGAGUGGCCAUUCAGUCCAUUGGCCCUGCCCCAUUCCUGUUGUUGUGCAACCGCUGCUAUUGUUGCCCUUCCUUCCCCUGGCUUGCACUCAUAGAGUUGCCUGAAUGUCAUAGCCGUUCUGUGUGCUGUGUGUGGGAAAGAAGGAAGUCCCUUCAAGAAAUGCUUCCUCCUCCUGUCCCAGCUUCACUGCUGUCCCUUUGCUCCUUCUUGCCUGGCACUCUUGGAUUUUCAUCAGUUGAAAAGGAACCGGAGCAGAUAAGUGCUCCGUUCCAUUCUACAACGCUGCUCUGAUGCUCAGGAUAGUAGAAGGUAUCCUACCACAAAGCACCCUAUUCCGUCUGCAUGCCUUAUCCCCUAUCUCAAGAGUUGGUUAGACUCUUCCACUGAAAGUGGAAUCUCCUCAACUCAGCGGAGAGCUAAAAAAAAGAAACAUGUGAAAUGGUGCUUGCUGUUGUAACCAUUUUGCACUUGUGUUGCAUGAGUGUUGCUGCUGCAGCUGUGGGUUCAUCUGGAAGCCUUCACCAAACCUACUAUAUUCCUUAAGAUGGGAAAAAACAUCUAAUUCCUCUUAAUGGGGGAGCAACCGCCAACUGUGCGCUGGAAUGAUGUCUUUGCUUUCAGUAAGAUACGCUUGCUAGAGCAAGGCAAGAUUACCAGUGUAGCUUAAGGACCCACUUUUUGGUCGAGCAACAUCUUGCCCACUUCCAUAUUUGUGUAUUCACUAUUGCAAUUGACCGGCUUUCUCCUUGUGCACUUGCUAACAAGGUAAAUGUCUGCAUGGACUUAACUGGAAAUCUCCACCCCAUUUCUCAUGUUUUGCUCCCUAGGUUCUGAAAAUGCACUGAUGUUUUACUCUUGACUAUUGCAAAUUUGUCUUAAAAGCACUUGAUCCUUUCUUGGGCAAGGGGGCUGCAGGAGCUUCAGUUUGGCCCAGUGCUCUCGACUCUUAAGACUGGAAGAGGGUUCUCUUCUUGGGCUAUCUGUGUACUUUCAGUUAUGGUAGUAUUAAUGAGCUUUGUGUGGCCAGGGUUGGGCAUCUGCUGUGUGGGGGUCCAGAGGGGAGAGAUGUGGAUCCCCCCAGUAAAUAAAAACAAAUGCCUGUGUGUUCCA